AUGUGGUCACCCGGUCUCAUAGUCUCGAUAGUCUUAGCCGCUAGAUUCGGGCUAUCUCAACAGUUGGCCUUCUCAUCAAGCUACAAUGAACCUCAGAAUUCCUCGCACCAGCAACAUAUACCUCAAAUCGAUCUGACUGAUGAUGAUAUCUCCACAACAGCAGAAUCCAUCGUUUCGAUCCUCUCUUCGUCCUCGCAGCACACCAUAACCCUACAUUUACUCCAACGAGCCAAAUGUAUACCUCUCUUAGCACAUAUAGGUAAUGCGACGGUAUUCGCACCUACAGAUCAAGCAUGGAACGAUUGGGCGGAUAAACAUAAACCUAAACCCAAAGAACAAGGUGAUAGCGACGAUGUGGAGAACGAUGGUUGGUUGGGAGAAGGUGGAUUAGAAGAAUGGCUAAAAUCCGAAGAAGAUGUCUUAUCUCUUCGAAUCGCUCAAGGUGAAGAGACCGAAGAGUAUCAGAGGAGGUUGAUGGAUAAUCAAAAUUGGUUAUUGAGACAACAUUUAUUAUAUCACAUGUUGAAUUAUACUUUAUCUCCCUCGGCAUUCUUAGCUUCCUCCAUCGGUAACAAUAUAACCAUUGAAACAAGUUUGUUAUACCCUUUGGAUGAAGAACCAAAAUUACCACCUACACCUGAACCUGGACCACCGUGGUUACCUAGAGGAGGAGAAGGUCUGUUGGGUGGACAUGGACAACGGAUCCGAUUGGCUAAAAUCACAGGCUCGGAUUCGGAGAGAGGUAGCAUCGGGGUAGACUGGAAUGGACAGAAUGGAGUUGAAUUUUGGGAUGGUAAGGGCUGGGAAGACAAUGAUGAUAAACCAGACCCUAAUCCAAACAAGACUGAUUCGGAAAUCGAAUGGACAUCAACGUUGAUGAUGUUGAAUGAGAAAGAGAGGAAUAAGUUGAAAGGUAUUAGAUACGCUAGGAAUGGUGUUGUGGUUGGUAUAGAAGGUGUACUGGAUAUCCCUCCGUCUAUCGAGGAAACAAUUCGUACUCAUCCUUCACUCAAAUACCUAUCUCGUCUCCUCACUUUCAACGCUCUCCCAUCACCCUUACCAGAUUCUUUCGCAACUUCACCUCACCUCACAAUCUUCGCUCCGUCAGACGAAGCCUUCAGUUCAGCAUUUGAUGAUGUAGAAAAAGGGUACUUGGAAGGACCAUACGGCGAAGAAGGGACGGCAAGAAUCUUGGCUGGAGGUGUGGUUCUGGGCGUGGGUAAAGGUCAUGUUGGAUGGAGUGAUGCAUUAGGCAAUAAAAGUCUAGAAGCUACCUCUGGUUUGGAUCUUCUUGUGAAUUCAAGUGGACCCGGUCAACUCGCUAUCAACGGUACCAAUGCUCAAACAGUUGAUAUAUUCGCUUCAAACGGUGUCAUUCAUAUCCUGCCUAACCUUCUUAUUCCCGAGAACUUCACACUCCUCAACUCGGCUGAGAAGAUGCUUCUAUCCCUCAAUGCAACUCGAUUUGUCUCACUCCUCCGAUCUGCCAAUCUCUCAGAUGCGUACAUUGGACCUUCGGGAUCAGACGGUCACCGGAAAAACAAGGAAGGCGAAGGUUGGACAAUCUUGGCCCCCACUGAUGACGUUCUGGAUAUCAUGGAUAAAUGGGACGGGGGAUGGGGUGCACCGAUACCACAUGUUUGGGCUGCAGCCGAACAAGGCGAUGUCGACGUCAUCAAGGGAGUGGAAUCAUCGGAAGACUCGAUCACCACCGAUAGUACAGCGAAGAAACCGAUUCAGGACGCUUCACCCCUUGCUGCAUUGUUACAGUAUCACAUCUUACCUGGUAGACUGUUGCCUUUAGAUAUCAAGGAUGGGAUGUUACUGGGAACGGAACUGAAGGCUUCGUCACUUGGUGGUGGAAGACAGAGGUUGAGAGUAGACGUAUCAGAGAGGUUCCAAAGGGAUCGAAACGAUUGGGAAGCUAUCGGCGAAGGAGAAAUCAGGUUUGGAGGAGCGACCGUGCUAGGGAGACCAGUCAAAAGCGGAAAGAGUAUAAUCUAUCUUUUAUCAUCGCUUCUCUCUCCACCAGACGAUGUCUUACAAACAGCCGUUUCCGAUCUGCAACUAUCCACUUUUAUCGCUGCUGUCUACGCUGCAGAAUUAGAUAAAGCAGUCAAGCGUACUCCGGCUACGACAUAUUUCAUGCCUCGUAAUCGAGCUUUUAAUCAAUUAGGUCUGACUAUGCGAUACCUCCUCUUACCAGAGGGAAAAGACGAACUUCGAAAAGUGAUCAAAUACCAUGCAGUCAACGAGAUAAUCUAUUCACCCGAUGUGGAAUAUGGUAAGAAGGUAUAUACGACCUUGGAAGGUGGAAUGAUAGUAGUCGAUCGUACCAAAGGUAAAAACGGAAGUAUAUCAUUGAGAUCCCCAACUAAAUGGGAAGGAUUCGAUUCGGGCGAAUCAUUACCUUCUAAUGGUGAACUUCGUUCGGCGAGGGUAUGGCAUCCCGAAGCAUUGACCAAUACCGGCGUGAUUCAUACGAUCGAUUCGGUAGUUAUGCCUUCGGAUGUGAAGAUUACGAUUGCGAAAUUGAUUAGAGGUUCAAAGCAGAAUACGAUGGGUGAUUUGAUGAUGCGUGCGGGUUUAGGGUGGAUCCUGGAAGGCAGAGAACCGGCAUCUGGUGAAAUGUCUAUCAAACAACUCAAAGGUCUGAUCGAGGAUGACGAUGAUUCAUCUGAUGAAGAUGAUCACGAGGAUAAAGACAAAGAACCUAAUGUUGAAGAUUUAGCAUUACCAAGUUACACAUUAUUGGUACCUACCGAUAAAGCAUUUUCACGGAUCAACCUGACUCAUUAUCUGAAUGAUAAAGAAGCUUUACUUGACUUAGUCAAAUUACAUAUCAUUCCAUCAACCGCAUCUUCCAUUUCAGCUGGUACUGGUACAAAGGACGCUGGUAAAAACAAAGAACCCAUCAAUCCCCCUCGGGAUGGUCAACCUAUCUCAUUAGAUGAUGAUCUGGUAUACAAAACCCUGUUAUCGUCCGAUAAGAAUAAAUUUGGUGAAUUGGCAUUUAGAGCUACGGGUGAUAAUUCUUUUAUCGUGGGUAUCAAAGGUGCGAGAGGUAAUGGGAAGGAUAUCGGUGUGGGUAAUUCGGCUAGGAUCGGCCAGACGGGAAGAGCUACUGUGAGAUGGAAGAAGAAUCAUGUCAGUCACACAGACGAUAUUCAUCUUUUUGAGGAUGAUCAUGAACAUAGAAAGCGAGGGAAAGGGAAGAAGGAUGAUAGAGAUGAGGAAGAUGAAGAAUCAAAGAGAUUAUGGAAAGAUGGUAUGACACUUGGUGGAGGUGUUUUGAUGAUUGAUUCGGUUCUGAUCCCCUAUCAACCUAGUUGGUUUUCCAGGUGGGGCUGGUUAGUCAUCACUCUUUCAGGGAUCGGAGUGGUCAUACUCAUAGCGGCUGUGUCGAUGGGGUGGUGGUUGAUGACGAGGGAAAAGGAUGAGAAUCAGUAUGAACCGCUUGAAGGUGAAGAGGAAGAGUAG